ACCAAAAUAACCUAAAUGAAUAAACUACAAUCUGUAAGUUAAAACAGCUGGUUUCCAGCCUGUUAAAUAAAAACCAGAAGGUCUGAAGUACAUGACAAAAUGGGAUAAACCUGGUAUUCUGAGUGGAGGCAGCUAUUGGUAAUUUUACUUUUCUUAUAGCUGAAGGUGAAGGAGAUUUGAGGUUCUCCUAGAAUUAAAAUUCCCCUGGUGUUAGCCCAGGGUGGGACCCUCAGAGCUGUCUACUCGUGCCAUUGCCUCAAGCCUGUGGACAUUUUUUCACCCUGGGGCAAGAAGAGGCUCCAGUUUGCCCAACUGCUGUGUGUGUUCCAGGCCAAUGAGGCUGACUUGGCAGCUGCCCUUUCCACAGCCAGCCAGCCAGCCCCUGAGUGUGUUUUAAAAGAUAAGUGACAAAAAGCCAACCCCUUUUAGAGGGGCUGGAACAGGCUAGUAGUUGCUAGGCAAGUUAAAGUAAUUCAGCAUCCUUGCCAAACGUCUGCCAGGCAAAUAGGGAACUUUCAGAGAAGGGGAGUGAGAUGGUGGUGUGUGUUGGUUGCCAUAGGAAUGUUUCCCUGAUUGGAACAAGACCACAGAGUGGGGAGAGCAAGACGGCAGCAUCUACGGUUCUUUCUGCUCAGGAAUGGGAACCCAGAGUGGGCAGUAGAGCGGAGGCAAGCCAUGCAGAGGCAGGAGCAGAUGAGACCCUAGAUGCCAUGUGAAGCUAAACAUGUGGGGAAAAUAAAGAGCAGAUUAACUCAGGAAAAUUAUAUGGGGAGCUCUUAUGCUACUCUGAAGAUCUGAGACUUGGAGAAUUUACAAUCCCGAAUUAACUCAGGGAGAAUUCCAACUAGACUCUGAAAUGAAUUAGAUGGAGAUUUAAAACAGGGCAAUUUAGUGGGAAGAGAUACUUAAUUUGAAGACAGAAUCAUGAAUAAACUGGAGGAUAAGCAGGACCAGAUGAUACCAUGAAGAGAAGUUUACAGGCCCUCUAUUGCCAACUGUUAAGUUUCCUGCUGAUCUUGGCACUCACCGAAGCGCUGGCAUUUGCCGUCCAGGAACCAUCUCCCAGGAAAUCUCUUCAGGUCCUCCCUUCAGGCACUCCCCCGGGAACCAUGGUGACAGUACCCCACAGCUCUACCAGACAUACUUCUGUGGUGAUGCUGGCCCCCAAUCCCAAUGGACGCCCCUCACAGGCUGCAGGUCCCAUGGCAACACCGACACCCGGUGCAGAGGGGCACCCUCCUACACACACCAUCUCCACCAUCGCUGCGACAGUAACUGCCCCCCAUUCUGAAAGCUCUCUGCCAGCGGCCAUGGCAACCACAUCCUCCAAGCCAGAGGGCCGCCCUCGAGGGCAGGCUGCCCCCACCAUCCUGCUGACAAAGUCACCGGGGGCCACCAGCCGCCCCACCACAGCGCCCCCGCGCACUACCACACGCAGGCCCCCCAGGCCCCCAGGCUUUUCCCGAAAAGGGGCUGGUAAUUCAUCACGCCCUGUCCCGCCUGCACCUGGUGGCCACUCCAGGAGUAAAGAAGGACAGAGAAGACGAAAUCCAAGCUCCACACCUCUGGGGCAGAAGCGGCCCCUGGGGAAAAUCUUUCAGAUCUACAAGGGCAACUUCACAGGGUCUGUGGAACCGGACCCCUCUACCCUCACCCCCAGGACCCCACUCUGGGGUUACUCCUCUUCGCCACAGCCCCAGACAGUGGCUGCGACCACAGUGCCCAGCAAUACCUCAUGGGCACCCCCCACCACCUCCCUGGGGCCUGCAGAGGACAAGCCAGGCCUUCGCAGAGCAGCCCAGGGGGGUAGUUCUACCUUCACCAGCCAAGGAGGAACACCAGAUGCCACAGCAGCCUCAGGUGCCCCUGUCAGUCCACAACCUGCCCCAGUGCCUUCUCAGCGCCCCCACCGUGGUGACCCACAGGAUGGCCCCAGCCAUAGUGACUCUUGGCUUACUGUCACCCCUGGCACCAACAGACCUCUGUCUACCAGCUCUGGGGUCUUCACGGCUGCCACGGGGCCUACCCCAGCUGCCUUCGAUACCAGUGUCUCAGCCCCUUCCCAGGGGAUUCCUCAGGGAGCAUCCACAACCCCACAAGCUCCAACGCAUCCCUCCAGGGGCUCAGAAAGCACUAUUUCUGGAGCCAAGGAGGAGACUGUGGCCACCCUCACCAUGACCGACAGGGUGCCCAGUCCUCUCUCCACAGUGGUAUCCACAGCCACAGGCAAUUUCCUCAACCGCCUGGUCCCCGCCGGGACCUGGAAGCCUGGGACAGCAGGGAACAUCUCCCAUGUGGCCGAGGGGGACAAACCCCAGCACAGAGCCACCAUCUGCCUGAGCAAGAUGGAUAUCGCCUGGGUGAUCCUGGCCAUCAGCGUGCCCAUCUCCUCCUGCUCAGGUCCUAUCACCUGAAAGCAUGCCCUUCCACAAAUGUGAAUACAGUACUCAGGGCUCCAUCUGAAAAUGGAGUGACCCCUCUUCUUCCUGUCACACAUCUGACAAGCCAUGGAUGACUCCCCAGUGACAUUCCUGGGAACCCAAGAGAGCUUGCUUAAUUCCCAACUCUGUUUUAAAACUCAAGAAAAUUGGGACUCCAUGACCUCCUCCAGAGUCUUGAUGGCUACUGCCUCAGGAGAAACAGAGCAGUUGAAGCUUUUCAACUAAAUGGGAAAGGGAACAGCUAACAUCUUGUGUUUGCAUAGAGCUGCGCAGUUUACAAAAUGCUUCUGCAUAUGUCAUCUCUAUACCCUCUGGUGUUCAGGACAAUAUAGGAUAGUGGAUAUCAACUUGAAGGUCAUCAAGACCUGGAUUCAAGUUGCAGUAAUUAGUUGGGUGAUCAAGAUCAAUACUAUUAGCUUCUAUGACCUUCAGUUACCUGUUCUGAAAAUGGGAAGAGCAACAGUGCCUUCCUCAGGCAGUUAUCAUGUGGGCUAAAUAAGCUUUAAAGUGCCUGGGUCAGUGCUGGGAAUAUAGUAGAGACCCUGUAAGUCUGACUUGUACUUUUCUUUCUUGGAUGAAAGGUGAGACCACUGAAAUAGUGAAUGUUCUAACCCCUAGGUGGAGCUUUGGCCUUGAGUCACCCAAUAGUCAUAUAACACAGUUUUUCUUUCUAGAUCUGUCUUGUAGAGGAUGUUGGGAAAACAAGAAGAGAACUGUCGUUAAUUAAGCAUCCAUUGUGUGUCAGACAUUGUGUUUGGCAUUUUGCAUCCAUGAUCUCUUUAAUUCUCAUCACAAGCCUAUGAAGUUCAUCUUAAGUGACUUUCCAGGUGGAAUACAUGGCAGAGUCACAACUUGAACCUAGGUCUUUCUGUAGCCAGGCUGGCUUCCAGUACAUAAAUGAAAUGGUGUUUGAGAAGCACUGGAAACUCUCUGAGAGAAAUAUAAUCAGGCCAGGAGCACGAACAUGUGAGGGGAAGACAGCAUGGAGCAGAACUUUCUGUUCUGACUCCCAGGCCUUCCCGCAGGGCAGGAUCUCUGCAUCUGGCAUUCUAACAACAUGGGCUGUUAGAGCACUGGACUGGGGGGUGGAGGACUUGGAUUCUGCAACCUCUACCAGCCCAGGUUAGCAGCAUGGGCUUGAGCAAGUUCACCUCUCUAGGUUUCCAUGCCCCACCUUCUAGAAUAAGAAUGUAGGCUGGGGGAAGGGGCUGAUUUGGUUCAGCACCUACUGUGCACCAGGGACAAUUUGAAGCGCUGGCAGAUGUAUGACUGCAUUUAAUCUCCCCAAGGAAGCUGAGGCUGAGAGAGGUUAAGUAACUUAGUCAAGUCAUGCAAGUAAUAGAUUGUCACCUAGAUUCUAAUUCUAAAUUCGAUGUCCCUUUUGCCACAUUGACUAGGCCUAAGAUGGCAUCUGUCACUUUGAUUCUGUUUGCUUGUAACUGCUCAAUAGAUCAGAGGCACAAAUAUCUACCUUAGAGAGGCGUGCAAACUAUAAAAAUCUGACUCACAGAUACACUUUUCCCCUGCCAGCCUGUGUUCUGUGCCUAAGGCAGUGUUUUGUGGGGCAUGAUGGGAUGUGCCCCUACAGGCUGAUAACUGAAGAGUUGUUCUGUUUGUCCCAAUUGCUCCCCUCCCUCUAGCUCUAACUCUACCAAAACUGAGCUGGAGCUGAGGAAACAGCACUUUUCCCACUUCCCAGAUGGUUCCCUCUUUAUGGCUUCUGUCACACCAGCUAGAACUCCUCCAGGUGUUUCACCAUGCCAGCCACAGGAGCAGAGUGAAAGGUAGUGACAGUGAAGAACAGACACACCAGAGAAGGGGAGAGGGGACCCGGGGUCUUGUUCCAGCUCUGCCACUCACAUACCUGUGACCUGUGGCAAGUCAUCCAGCACUUUAGGCCACAGUUUCUCCUCUGUAGAAUAAGGAGGUGGCCUAAAUUAGCAAGUUUCAGGCUGAGCACCACAGCCCCCUCCUUGCCCCUUUCCUCUUCAACCAUCUGAAGAAAGGGUUCUUUGGAAGGAAAGGAGGGAAAGAGGAAAGAGAUCUACAACAUUUGACAAGUUCUGUACCAGCUAAUCUCUAAAUUCCCUGUUAGCCCAAACAUUCAGAAAUUCCCUCUGUUUUAAAGGUUUUUUAAAAAGGAUCUGGAAGACUGAAAAGCAAAUUAGCAGUUUUGAUCAAAGCAGAUCAGAUAAAGUAGAAACUUACCCUAUCUCCUAACCUUGUACAGAGACCUUUCCAGGUUGAGAGGCCAGCAAGGCUGGCAGCUGGAAAGAAAGCUACAGAAUUCCCCAGGCAGCCCACAGGGCCCUGGACUCUGGGCUCUGAGGUCUCGGCCUGUACAGGUGCCAGCUUGUGCAACUGCCCCACACCCUGGCAUGAACCCACCCCUGAUGCUGGCCAGACCCUCAGGCUGCUGCGGACAGAGCUGGCCCUCUGCCAACCCCUGGUGCUGGCCUCUCUGGACAACCCAGCCUGGGCCCCCGACUCCCCAGCACAGAGAUGGUUGGCACCACCAGGAUGUCAGAUGUGGCUCUUGGCUUCAGCUCCCCUCAUCCCCAGAGGCUCUGGUGAUGAUGAACCUGGGGCAGGAUAUACUCAGUCCUCACUUCAUGGCUUCUCCCCAAGAGGCCUCUGUCACCCUUGUUCUUGUGUUACCCUUCUGCUGUGUGAAUCUGGACAGGCCACCCCACCUCUCUGACCUCAGAAGCCUUCCCUGCACACAAGCCGCUCAAUUCACACAUGGUUAAUCAACAAUAUCCAGACAUAAUUCUUCCUCCUGGGCCCUGGGAGUCUCAGGGAUGAACAGACAGGGUCACAUGUCACACUGUGCUCAGUCAAGUUAUGUGGAGCCCACCUCAGGCCAUUUGUGCAGGUGAGCUUUUGUGUCAGUCUAAGGCAGGAAUCAGCUGGUUAAGAGCAUAGACUGGCCAGGUGCGGUGGCUCACACCUGUAAUCAAUCCCAGCACUUUGGGAGGCUGAGGCAGGCGGAUUACCUGAGGUAAGGAGUUCGAGACCAGCCUAACCAACAUGGCAAAACCCUAUCUCUACUAAAAAUACAAAAAUUAGCCAGACAUGGUGGCAGGCACCUGUAAUAUCCCAGCUUCUUGGGAGGCUGAGGCAGGAGAAUCGCUUGAUCCCAGGAGGCAGAGGUUGCAGUGAGCCAAGAUUGCGCCACUGCACUCCAGACUGGGCAAUGGAGCUAGACUCCAUC